AUGAAUACCGAAGAAGUAAUACGAUUAAAGAGAUCGUUAAACAAGGCGAUCGAUGACGAUAAAAUCCCUACAAUCCUUGAUAUAAUGAGACGUUUCAAUGAUGAAGUAGUUGCAACAAAGGAGUUGUUGAAAAAUACAGGUAUUGGAGUUUUCAUUGGAAAACAACGUUCACAUCAUAACGCAGAUGUUGCAAAACUCGCUAAAGACAUUGUCAAAAAGUGGAAAACCGUACUUAAUGGAGGCUUUGUCAAACCAAACCCUGUUAAUAAAAUUGUUCCAAAUCCGAAAAACGUGGAUAAACAACGUGAUAAUUCUCGAGGAGAAAUAAAUUCUCCAAGCUCACUUAAGACUGAAAGUUCUCAGAAUUCUCAAAGUAAUUCAUCAUCAUCAUCACCGAAUAAUGUAAAAGCAAACAACGGUAAACAAUACGCAGGCGAUCGUACUUUUAGGAAAGAUAACAUGAAAGGUCCCACGGGAUAUGAUAUACGUGAUAAAUGUAUAGAAUUAUUAUAUGAUUCCUUGGCAUUUGAUUCAACUGCUGAUUCUGAUAUAAUUUUUAAUUGUGCCUCCAGAAUAGAACAAAUAGUCCUCGAUCAAUUUAAAGGUGAACCAGAAAAACAAUAUCGUGAUAAAUUGCGUGGCUUGAUCUCUAAUCUCAAGGAUAAAAAGAAUCCAGGUCUUAGGAAGGGUAUCGUAUCUGGAGAAAUUCCCGUGGAAGAAUUUUGUGUUAUGUCUAAAGAGGAUAUGGCAUCCGAGGAAAAGAAAGCGAGAGAUCGUGAAAUUAAAGUUGCAAACCUUUUCAAGGCGAGAAGUGCAGGACAAACACAAGCAGAAACAAAUAUGUUUCGUUGUGGAAAGUAG